GAACACAGAGUGGACAGUUUUGUAUAAAUUCUGCGGUGGCCUCCCUUCGAAUAAAAGGGCUCGGUGUACGUCAUUAGAAACGUUCGUCGAAAGAAAUGCGACCUGAUUCAAUGAGACUUUCAGCGCUCACACGCCUGGGGCUGCUGCUUAAGUUUAAAUAACUAAUAAAUAAGCCAAAAUAAUAAGUUACCAGAUCGUCAAGUUAAACGAAAUAAACUCACUACAUUUAAAUUGAAAUCCACACGCGUAAGCGAAACUAAAGAGAAGUGGCACGUUAUAAUCAAAUUGUACUUUUUAUAUUGUUUUAGAAAAGAUAUGAAAAACGUAAACAUCAUUUUGCCUUGGACUUAUGAGUAUCUAGUAUUGUGUCCUGUUUUUAGAAAGUUGAAAACGCUAAGACUUUAAAGGACGACACUCGAGAGCGAAAGUCGAUAACAAUGUCUGUCUGCCAAAGCAACCCCAACGCCUUGAUACAAGAGGAGGAGAUUGCUGGUCCUCCGCCAUCGUACCCCGCGGGGAGCAACAAGGAAGAAGGACAAACAUCCCCACCGGUCAACCCUCGCCUCACAGCCAUAUGCCAGGUGAAACUCAACUUUUCUAUCUCCUCGCUCCUCGGACUGCAGACCAACGACACAGAGGCUGGUCAGAUCGAAGACACUAAGGAAGUGAGCAUUAACACGCCCUCAACAGUUCCCAGCCAACCACAAACCACCUCUUCUGGAGCUGGCGACCAAUCGCAGGCCGGCGAUCUCGGGGAUUCCCAAGAUUUCAACCUGAACGUGAAAUGCAAAAGGAACAGAACAACGUUUUCCACACGACAACUACAGGAACUGGAACGAACUUUCAGGAAGACCCACUACCCAGACAUCUUUACGAGGGAGAAACUUGCCAAUCGGGUCAAGCUCCCCGAGUCCAGAAUUCAGGUCCAACAGACCCGACAUUGCCUGCUAUGCAUCGACAUCUUCCCGCCAUUUUGAACGUCCAGCAUGCACUGCGGGCGGAAAUGGUGAGGGCAAUGCCAUACCUGCAUCCAGGAACCUCGUCUGCCAGCUCCCACUCCAUGCCUGGUUCCUGAACUGUGGUUAGACGUGAUGGCGUGUAGAGAGAUAUUCUUUCGCAGUGUAAAUCCUCGACAUGCAUACUAUGAAGGACCAACCGCUUAAAGGAAAAGGCAAAGUUUUGACAUCUUCGGGAAAGACCGCAGAUGAUGAUGACAUAUGUGAGACAUUGUGGUGAAAUCAGGCGCUGGUCAAAAUCAAAGAAAUCGGUGUUUUCCCUUCCAUUUGAUAAUUUUCAUAGAUUGUUUUUGUUUUUAGACUCAACGCCUGUUAGGUCCUUUUAAAAACACAUUUGUUGUCACCAAACGUUGGCGGCCAUUUUCUCACUAAGUAAACCAAUGAAACCAGGCAACUCCCACCUCCCCUAACCUCAAAUAUCUCGACUUCUAUUUGAGAUAGAUAGGUAUUUUGUUCACCGAAAGCAAGACAACUGAACAAGCUUUAAGAUGAUACCAAUAACUCCACAUGCCCAAAAAUUUAGGUGCGCCUGAUUCCACCGUGUCGUGACACAUAUUGAAAUAUUUCUUAAGGUGCGGGGUGUACACUUUUACUCGUAUACAAAAGAGGAAUUGGUACAUAUCAUCUGCUUUUUUUUUACUUAGAAAACCUCAGAAAUGUAUGCACUAAACAACAGCCUAUAAUGUACAUUCGGAAGGACAACUACGCAAAGAGUAUAGACACCUUAAUGUGGUGUUUGUCAGCGGCUGAAAUCAGUUACGAGGUGACCGACAGAUGAAUAGUAAAUGCAUGUAUGUGAAAGACAUAAUAGCUGCUUUACAUUUAUUUCUUUUUUGAAAUUCUGCUGAUUAGAAUUUGUGUUGAAUACAGAAUAAAAAUUCAUUUUUGAGACGAACUUGUGCCAUAAAAACUCUAGCUAUACAAAGCAUUUGCUUAGUCCUUUGUUAGACUUUCAUGUCUGAUAUUAUGUGGUACUAUGCGAAGGCUAAAAAAAUAGAUUUUGACCAAAAGAUCUAAUCUUAAAGUGUUUGUUUGCAUGAAAAAUAACAAAAUUCAAAGCCAA